AUGAUGGAGUACGUAGGAGCCACAGGAGUUGAGGUGAGCUUCACAGAUGUACCUAUCAACCCCAACAUCGACUUCCACUUCCUCCUCAGUUUCGCAAUUGAUGCCAACACAGAUGGCGAAUAUCAGAACGGUGUCUUCUCCCCCUACUGGGAACCCUCCCUUACUCCGGACUCAGUGGCUUCCAUAAAGAAACAAUACCCCAAUGUCAAGGCCCUCACCAGCCUUUGUGGCUGGAGCCUUGACAAUUCUAUCCUUAGAUGGUACAACCCCAAAGAUCCUGAAGCUUGGAUCGAGAAUGCUGUUGAUUCGCUCUCUUCCAUCAUUAAAACCUACCACCUUGAUGGAAUUGACAUAGACUAUGAAAACUUCCCCAAUAAUGACACCACCUUUGCCUACUGCAUAGGAGAGGUAAUCACCAAGCUAAAAAACCAGUGUGUUAUAACGGUGGCCUCCAUUGCUCCUUACUAUAAGACUGUCUCGCACUAUAUAGACCUAUUCAGCAGGUAUAGUGGGGUCAUAGACUAUGUAAACCAUCAGUUCUACACAGAUAGGGUGAAGACACCUCCUGGUUUUCUGCAGGCCUUUCAGUUGAGAGCUGGUCAGUUUGAUAGAGAGAAGUUGCUUCCCAGUUAUGAGGUAAAUGGGAGAGGGAUUCAAGGGGAUAGCUUCUUCUCAUCUCUCGAGUUGUUGCAAAAUAAUGGGUUUACUGUAAAUGGCGUAAUGAUAUGGUCAGGUGACGAUUCGAAAAGUGAUGGGUAUUACUAUGAGACGAAGUCUCAAGAGUUCUUGCUCAACUCCACCAGAAUCUGA